AUGAUCAGCCAAAACUGGUCAAAGUUGAAGCCACAAUGUGCCAAGAAGCCUCGGCCAAAGUGUGCGCCGGACCGUCCAUCGAAGCUGGUACGACGUGGGAGCAAGACCAAGAGAAGCAAACAUCGAGAAGAAGUGUCCAAGAAUCGGCUGCUGCAGUGGGUCGGGCUUGAAUUGGGCCGCUGGGACGUGAUGGACGAAGUGGUAGCUGGCUACGACCUACACAUCUCACCCAGCUUGGGUGGUGCGGAUUCCAAGCGCAACGAGCAGAAGCGGAAGAGGCAUUUGGAAGCUUGGCUCUGGGCACGCAUGUUCCAUCCACUGCUGCCUCUGGGGGAACCUUCGGCCGAAGCACUUAAGCAUGGAGAUGAGCAACUGCUGCAGAAGCUGGUGAAUGCAGGCCUUAGCAAGAAGGAGGCCAGGGCGCGAAUACGAAAGCUGGCAAUCAUUCUAUCAUCUGAGAUCGUUCCUGCGACGGACAUUCGCGUCCAGGUCGACGAGCACAGCUCAGACCUGAUAAAGCUGAGAUGCGGAAAGCGCACGGUGGAGGUGCUGCCGCGGUACUUUGCCAAGCUUCGAGACUUGCAUGUAGGCUCCAGCUUGCAAUUUCAUCUAGCUGUGUUCCUGCUUUUGGCCAGAUAUCGUGUUCUGCAGGUACAUGAUAAAGGAGGUGGCAAUCAGGGAGCGCUCCCUGAAUCGGUGUUUGGCGUCUUGCAGAAAUGGUCUUCGACCCCCGUCAUUGAAGCAUUUGCGUCGCCACUGAAUACCCUUGCUGGAGCGGGUUAUUACCACAGCGCAUUUUCUGACGUGGAUGGCUUGUUUGGGUCUCGUGGAUCCUUCUUCGAAGCUUCUAUCUUGGAGGGUGUGGUCGAGGUGAAUCCUCCCUUUGACGAGGCCAUUGUCUGGCGAACCGCCGUGUUUUGCCAACAAUGCCUUGAAAGGGCCGCUGCAGACAAGAAGAUGCUUACGUUCGUUGUGGUGAUACCGGAGACGGACUGGCCUGGACAUGCAGAGUUCCUCAGGUCCCAGUUUUUAUGCCGAUCCAUUACCCUGUUGGCCGGGAACCAUUUCUACCAGGUUGGAAAUCAGCACUUGAAUCACUGCAGAACUUAUCCUGCUUCACGCAAUACAAGUCUUCUGCUGCUGUCUUCGAGGCCUUUGGCAGGAGCAAAUGCUCUGUGCACGAAACUGCACACAGCAUUUCAGACUCAGCCAGCAGCUACAAAACCGGCACUGCUGUUCAUCCGUUGUUUCUUUGAGUUACGCUUCAUGAACUGCGAGUCCUUCUUUUUCUAA